AUUUUGAACCCAUUCAAAAGGUCGGGGCGUUUCAAGAUCCAGUUUCUCGUUAAAGUCACCAGAUAGAAAUUGAACAAUGGCGGACGGUGAAGACAUUCAACCACUUGUUUGUGAUAAUGGCACUGGAAUGGUUAAGGCUGGAUUCGCGGGUGACGAUGCGCCAAGAGCGGUUUUCCCGAGCAUUGUAGGCCGUCCACGCCACACGGGUGUGAUGGUUGGGAUGGGACAAAAGGAUGCUUAUGUUGGAGACGAGGCUCAGUCAAAACGUGGUAUCUUGACUCUCAAGUACCCAAUUGAGCAUGGAAUUGUUAACAAUUGGGAUGACAUGGAGAAGAUUUGGCAUCACACUUUCUACAAUGAGCUUCGUGUUGCCCCUGAAGAACACCCGGUUCUCUUAACCGAAGCUCCUCUCAACCCAAAAGCUAACCGUGAGAAGAUGACUCAGAUCAUGUUUGAGACGUUCAACACUCCUGCUAUGUAUGUUGCCAUUCAAGCUGUUCUCUCACUCUAUGCCAGUGGUCGUACAACUGGUAUUGUUUUGGACUCUGGAGAUGGUGUGAGCCACACGGUACCUAUCUACGAGGGUUACGCUCUUCCACACGCAAUCCUACGUCUUGAUCUAGCUGGUCGUGACCUCACAGACCACCUCAUGAAAAUCCUGACAGAGCGUGGCUACUCUUUCACCACAACUGCUGAGCGUGAAAUCGUCAGAGACAUGAAAGAGAAGCUCUCUUACAUUGCUCUAGACUACGAGCAAGAGCUAGAGACAUCCAAGACAAGCUCGUCCGUGGAGAAAAGCUUCGAGCUUCCCGACGGACAAGUGAUAACCAUUGGAGCAGAGAGGUUCCGUUGCCCUGAAGUUCUGUUCCAGCCGUCAAUGAUCGGGAUGGAAAAUCCAGGAAUCCAUGAAACCACAUAUAACUCUAUCAUGAAAUGUGAUGUGGAUAUUAGGAAAGAUUUGUAUGGAAACAUUGUGCUAAGUGGUGGAACAACAAUGUUUGGUGGGAUUGGUGAUAGAAUGAGCAAAGAGAUUACGGCUUUGGCUCCGAGUAGUAUGAAGAUUAAGGUCGUGGCUCCACCUGAGAGGAAGUACAGUGUAUGGAUCGGUGGCUCUAUAUUGGCUUCACUCAGCACUUUCCAGCAGAUGUGGAUUGCAAAAGCAGAGUACGAUGAAUCUGGACCAUCAAUUGUGCAUAGGAAGUGCUUCUAAUCACAAUUCAUGGAAUCACCAAAUUUGAGUAUUUUUUUUGCAUUUUUUUCCAACAUAUUUCUUCACUCAAAUUGUUUCUUUGUAAUUUUUAUUUGAAGCAACUAAACUCAAAGAAAAAGCACUAAAAAGAGUUAUUAAUUAUGCAUACCAAUACAAGACACAUUGGUUUUUUUUUUUUUGUUUUUUUGAAUAGUCUCUCUAUGUUAAUUUUUCAACUAAGCAUACUCUUGCUUCCGUAACCUUUCACUCCCAUUGUAUUAUAAACAAAUUAAUUUAAUUAUAAGAUUUGUUAUUUAAACUAAUAAAAUUGGCGUAAUAAUAGAAUAGGAUGGUUUAGCUAAAUUCUAAUUUCGGUUCAACCGAACCGAAUUCAAAAACCCAGAAACAGAAUAAUUUCCCCUCAAUCUCUCCCAUCUUCAAAAGACUACUUUUUUUUUUUGUUUCUUCUCUUUUCUCGAGAUUGUUGCCUUUUUUGCAAUCUCAUUGCUCUCUCAUUGGGUGAAGAAUACAAAUCCCAAUCCCUAAUUCGUAUGUCAGAUUCUGUGCCCGGAGAUUUUCCUCCCGAUCCACUUCUCGCUUCCGGAGCCUUCAUUUCCUCCUCCGCCGGUGACGGAACCCUAGGUAAUAGUGCGAAGCGGCGAUCGGUUCAGGGAGGAAUCGGAGUUUCUGGUUCGGGAGAGAGCGUACGCAUUGGGAUGGCUAACGGUACGGAUCAGAUGAAUCCAUCGCUGGAUAGUUCGGGUCAACAGGCGGAGUCUAAGUCGCGGAAACGUGCGGCGCCUGGAGAUAAUUGGUUGCCUUCUGGUUGGAGAGUUGAAGAUAAGGUUCGAACCUCUGGUGCUACAGCUGGUUCGGUUGAUAAGUACUAUUACGAACCAAAUACAGGCCGUAAGUUUCGGUCCAGGACUGAGGUACUCUACUACUUAGAACAUGGAACCUCUAAGAAAGGCG